UACCCCCCACCCCACCCCAUACUUUGGUCCAAUCCACCCAAGCUGCCAAAGUUUAAUUGGAUCAGAUAAAAGGGAGGGCCUGGUCUGGGAUCUGCAUUUAUGACUUACACCUUUGUUUUAUAUCUGCAAUAUUUUAAGUGAAAUUACCCAUAUUAAUUGUUUUUAUACCCAAAAAUGCAGGGCUCAUUUCUGCAAAUAAAGACGGAAAGCAUGCCCCAUGGAACAGUGCCCUAACUACAAAAUAGGAAGAGGCCUUGUUUACAACAGAGCUAAUGGAGGCAUUUUAGGAGGUUUUGUAGGCCCUUUCUACAACUCACCUGGAGGAUACAUACCUUCAUUUAACAAGAAGGAGCUUGGAUCAGCAGAGCAGAGAAUACAGCUGGCACCAAUUGGAGCAGCAACAACUGUACACUCUCAGAUGCCAGCUCCACCUUUCAAGCCAGCUGCUGGAAAUCGCUCCAUAUUAAACCGUCCUCAACAACUGCAGCCAGUCCAUGGAAGAACAGAUUGGGCAGCCAAAUAUGGAGGCCAUCGUUAAGAGCUGAUGGACUUUCACAUUCCAAGAACUUUCCCCCAGCAUUCUGUGGCUGUUUGUCAUUAAAUAUGAACAUUGUGCAAAUCUAUCUUUCCCUUGAAGGGAAAAGUGACCUGUUUAUUAUUAUUAUAAAUUAUUUGAUUUA